UGGCUUAGAGGGUGUGCGUGUGUGUGUCGUUCGCCGGCGCUCACUUUCACCGAGGUCUGCGUGGAGCAACAUAAACGUGCCGCUUGCUUUCGCUCUGACGAAAAAUGGCUGUGUCAAGGAUGAGCUCAUGACGAGGUUGAUAAUCCCGCCCUCUGCCAGCUAUGGACCUUCAUCUUCGUCGCCGGAUGUAGCGUCAUCGUCGUCAUCUGACGAUCAAUUUUCGUCACGUGACGAUUCACUGGAAGAUGAAUGAGCACCUCUCAUCAUUGUUGCACUUUAUCAGUUGUGUAUUAUUUAUAUUGAUUGAUAGUUGUGGCUGAAGAGGAGGGUGCACAUCCUCCAUCUUCGUCGACGCAUUUAUUUAGUAUGCUGACCGUUGACGGUCGGCAUUUGAUAAUCAAUUUCUUCCACGUGGGAAUUUUACUGAUGUAUGAAUGUGCACCUUCAUGAAUAUUUUAAUAUGUUUACUGUUAUAUAUUGUCCGGUUUGUAAGCUCCUCAAUGUUCGAUGACAUCUCUGCGUAAACUUUCAUUUGUAGGUGAGGGCCUAGUUUCUUGUAUCACCAUCUUGCCCAGACUUGUAUUAUUACUUAUAAUUAGUCGACCUGAGUAUUUGAACAUUUGUUUGAUAGUGCUCUAUGAUCGAUGUUCUGAAAGGUAGAUUUUUGCAAUGAUAAUUAGAUCAAUGCAUUGUGACAGCUGUACGUAGAGACAACACAGGCCGCGAAUGUCAGGAUACCUUUCAUAACCAUGACGUCCGCCAGGGUUCUGUUUAGCUGCUUGAUUCUCGUAACAGCUUUGUCAUGUCUUCUCAUUCUCUACUUAUUCCUGUACCUUUCCUCACGAAGUCACUCUCUCAUGCCAACCUCCGCAAAAAUAAUAUCUUCAGUCAACCGGCCUUCUCGUGCUUAUCAAGUCAUUAGUAACUCGGAAAUCAAAACUCGAUUCGACACUCUCCAGAUUUUAAAAUGUCACGAGCCACCCAAAACGUCAAGCGUUAUUGAGAAAAAUAACAAAUUUUGGCAGGUAGUGAAAAAUAGAGACGUUUUUCUGUACAGUGCGUUUUAUGACGUUAGGUAUCGCUACGAGGGAGAGAACUUCCACUUUGUGCGGAUCAUUGCAACAGCUCGCGGCGCUCUAAAGGAGGGAUAUGCGUCGAAUUCUGACGACGGUCUCAUGUGUCAUUUUUGGUUCCCUGAGAGGAAGCUUCCAACUCUAGUCAUUGCGGAGCUCAAGGAGAUAUGGAUACAAGAAUUCCAUUCUCAUCCACCUGCAGACACUUAUCAUUCUUAUUUGAUAUCAUGCCCCGUGCCCCACGAGUUCAAGAUAACGAACACCAUGCCGUCUCAUGUCAGUGUGUCCACGACUGAAUGCGACAGCCUCUCCAAUUUCUUGCCUGUCCAAAAGGAAGGCCUCUCCGACGUCCGCCGAAGACUGCCCAAGCGGCAAUACCUCGUAUGUGUCAAGGGUCUCAAUUUCAUAGAGGAUAUUUCUUACCGUCUCAUCGAAUGGGUGGAGUUAAUUUUAAUUUUAGGUGCUACUAAGAUAGAUUUCUAUGUGUACCAUGUCCAUGAAGCCACAUGGAAUGUUUUGAGGUAUUACGAAGCAACAGGCGUAGCUCAGAUUAUCUCAAUGACGUUGCCAGGCGACCAGCCUAACGAGCCUGACGCGAGGACGCGUUACCUAAAAGAGGACGUGUGGCAAAAACGUCGUAACGAACUAGUCACAUAUAACGACUGCCUCUAUAGAAAUAUGUAUCUAUAUAACUUUAUUAUCCCCUUGGAUAUUGAUGAAGUUCCUGUUCCUGUUCAGGAAAAGAAUUGGUCGGACAUGUUUCAUAGAAUGUUUAAAAGUGAUCCUUUUUUACUUAAAAAGUACUCUUCUUUUUCAGCACCCAAUUCAUUUUUUUUCACAAAGUGGAACCAAACGUUACCAGGUCUAAGUACGGAGUCAAACCUCAAAGAGCAACCUACAACAAAAAAGACCAACCUUUUCCUUAAUAUUCAUAAUUACAGAGAGAAAUUUAACACUAAAGCUCAAUAUGAAGAAGAAAUGACGCGGAGGAAAUUCCAUAUGCUUAAUCACAGAAUGCGCAGCACCAAUUUCAGCAGGCCUGGCCACAACAUCAAAAGCUUUGUAUCAACUAAAAACACCCUGUUGACAUUCAACCAUUACUCUCUGUACACGCUCCUGCCGAGCCUCCAGAAGAACUUGCAACUGAACAGCUCAAUUAUUCAGCUCAACCACUACCAGGAGAAAUGCUCGCGGUACAUUUUGAGCGAGUGCAUCAGUACCUUCGACAGACAUGCGGUCGCUGAUGACAUUAUUCUUAAAUAUUCGGACCAGUUGAAAAUUCGCGUUGAAAAAACUCAUCGAAAUUUGUUAAGAUAUAUCAACAACUCUACGUGACGCUGAAUCUUGAUUUAUAAUUGCUGUACUUUUUAAAAUGUCACGCCUGGAUGGGGCCGAUAGAAAUUUAUUCGUAAAGCCUUGGCUAUCUGAAAUUAAACUUUGAACUUGGUUAUCUGAAAUUAAACUUUAAUAUUAUGUUAAGUUCAUGCAUCAUCAUUCACUUGCUUAUACCAUGAGUUCGGAGUAUUUUUGAUCGCUUCCAAAAUUAGGUAAUCAUGAUCAGAAACUGAAUAGAGUAUAUGUUAAAAAUUUGUAAACUUUUUUAUCCAAUCACUUAAAAUGAUAAGAAUACAAGCAAAACUCAGUAAAGUUUGUUAUUGACAUUUUUCGUAGGUCGUGUCUGUCGGAUUGGCUCAUCUUUAACAAGAACCACAUUUCCAAUCGAAUCAAUGACGAAGUAGUUAUUUCAGAUUAAGGAUUAUUUUUUACAACACUUCUCUUUAACUUCACUUCUUGUU